UUUAAGUUUUCAGUUAGAGUGGGAGAGAGAGAUGACGAGUCUUAUCAAUUCAACUAGAUAUCUUCAAUUCUCAUCUCUUCCACCAUUUUCUCAUUCUUUUUCUUUUUCUUCAUCUUCAUCUUCUUCUUCCAAUUCUGUAAUUUCCUUAACAAGGAAUUACUACAAUGGAUUUCAUAAAGCUUCAAACUCUGCAAAAAUACACUUACACUCUUCAUCCACAAAAGUCUGCUCUCUUAGCUCUACUAAUGAAGUCUCAGGUACCACUACAGAGAGUAACCAAUCACUCGAGUUGAAGAAUAAGGCGGUGGAGGUGGCACCUGGGCUAAAAGGAACUAUAAUAUUUCUACUUGGCAUGAAAAGCACUAUGAAAACCAACUUGGGAAAAGUAUUAGCAGAUGCAUUGAGAUAUUACUACUUUGAUAGUGAUAGCUUGGUUGAGGAAGUGGCUGGUGGUGAACAAGCUGCCAGGGAUUUUAAAGAGAGUGAUGAGAAAGGAUACCGUGAAUCCGAGACUGAAGUACUCAAGCAAUUAUCAUCCAUGGGCCGUUUGGUGGUUUGCGCUGGAGAUGGUGCAGUACAGAGCUCAACUAAUCUUUCACUAGUGAGGUAUGGAAUUUCAAUUUGGAUAGAUGUUCCCUUGGAAACUCUAGCUGCAGAAGUGAUUGAAAGUGGUGAUAAGGGUCCUUUCACUUCAGACGAGGUGAUGAUGAAGCUAAAUCAACUGUACAAGGAAAUGAAAGAUGGAUAUGCAACAGCAGACGGAAGGAUCUCACUCCAAAAUCUGGCUUAUAAAUUAGGAUACGAGGACACAAACAAUGUGACUACAGAGGAUGUUGCGCUAGAGGUGCUAAAGGAGAUUGAGAAACUAACAAGAGUGAAGAAGAUGAUGGAAGAAGCUGCAAGACCAUUUUGAGCCAGAGACUGAAGAUUUUUCAAAGAUGUCUUCUUCGCCGAACACUUCCUAGUAAGAAGCCCAUUUCCACUGUCAAUUGUUUAUAUUAUGACCCUGUAAAUUAAUAAGUGGAUCUUGAAUUGAGUUGACAAGGAAAUCAACACGGUUACUUGUUUGUCGUAAAACGUCUUUAAUGUUAUAGGCACAUAAAUGGAAAUAGAAAGCUUAGAGCAA